AUGUUGGAGGACAUUGGGGGACCACAAGAAGCCGAGCGCGAUUGUGAGACGAAGCCCCAGAACGCUCCCGCCUCGCUCCGCCAUAAGUCCCCUGGCAAGCGGGAUAGGCAAGGUCUGGCUGCGGCAGCGGUGGACGAGGUGGCGGCGGUUAUGGGCAUGGCAAAAGAUUGCACCAGGAAGGAGCUAGGCGAGUUGAUCACAGAGACGACGGCAGGGGCUCGGAGGAGGGAGAAGAUCGAUGGUAUCGCACUCGACGAUGUAGCACAGCGGCGCUCCCCUGUCCGACUCAUGUGUCCGGCUUGGAUCCUGCGGCACGAGCAGCACGACGGACGCUUUGAUAUUGAUCAGCCCCCUCCCCCAGGGCUUACCGAAGAAAGGUCUCAACGCUUGAUGAGGAGCGCCACGACUGGCGCGCAUCUCCUCCUCUACCUGCGGGCUGUUGAAGUGGACGUGAUCAUGGCCGUGGUCGUGGCUAAUGCCCGCCCUAGCAGACCCGGCUCCUGCCCCACGCUCCCACCAUCAGAGACUGCCGCCCUCGUCGCCGUGAGAAACCUCCUGCCUACUUUUCACAACGCAGUCGCGCUCCGCAGCGCUGGUUGGGUCCUCCUCGGUGACGUGACCCAUCUCGCAUUCCAGACUGGAAAGCCCUUAGCGGUGGCCAUUGCCUGCGGCUCUAGCUGCAGCAUACCGCCGGUUCGAAACCUAUCUCAAAAGCCACCGAGGACCCGACGCAGCGGAGGCGGAGGCGGAGGCAAAAGCGGACAACACUCCGGUGGAGAAGCUUAUAACAAGCGCGAGAGCAGCGCCAAGGCCUUGUGCCAGGCGCGGGGGCUCAAGACGGCGCUGCACUGCGAACGUGUGUGGAUCGCGGCCGAGGUGGUGCAGGUUGCGAAGGUCAAGGAAAAUGUCCGGCUGCGGCAGUCUGAGUCGGCCAUCGUGGACGGCUACGUGGAGGUUGGGGCGAGGAAGUGGACAGAGCAUAAGUCAGCGUACCUUGCCAACACAUAA